GUCGCAAGAAAUUUUAUCAUUAGGAAGGUACUUUUUGGGUAAUUUUGAACUUUGUAUGCCCCCUUUUUAUUUUCUCUUCAAAUUUAUGACGAUAAGUGCCCAGCUCCGUGUUAGAACCAAGAGUCCAGUACUGUACUCUGGUUGAGUCUUCCAUUAAAAUUUUCCAUUUUUUUCUUCCCAGUAAAAUUUUAGGAAAUACGGUGAAAAUUUUCAGAUAAUAGUAUGCCAACAUCGGCAUAACUUCUAUUUAAUUUGUACGCACAGUACCGGACCUUAUGUUCUAACACAGAGUUGAAACAGCCUAUUUUAAAUGGCUGUUCUGAAACGUCCCCUCCCACCAUUUUGUUAUAAAAGGGAAAUUAAUUUUUGUUUUUUAUGGUCAUUUGCUGGACAUUGCACAAUUUUUUUUUUUUCAAUUCAUUCCCUACGCGUUUACUUUAAAUUUUAUUUUUUUACAUUUUUGUCUCACAAACGCGUACAUUUAUUUCAUUUUUAAUUUUCAGAUCGAAUUAGUUUAUUUUUCUCGCGUCCUCCCUAUUAGUUAAUAGUCUUCACUACUCUAUUUUAUUUUAACAACGAAUAAUGGCAUCUACAUUGGAGCAAGAUGUAGUCCUUCCAGGCAAUUUUUAAUUUCUGUUUAGACUCUAAUCUUUUAUAUUUCAGCAAAGGUCACCAAUUCUGGUUCAGCCCCAACAGCCGCACACAUUGGCGUCUUGUUGAAUGGUUACCAAAUGGACAUCCGUAAAACUGUGCCUCAAGUCUUCCAAUUUGAGCUGACUUUUGUUGGUGAGCGAACGGUGAAUGUGCAAGGACAGCCAAAUGUUAAGAAGCAACAAUUUGAGCGUGGGCCGCGUAACGAUGAGUCAAAAGAAACCCGUCGUCGUCUGAUUUGGGGCCUCUUCCAGCAAUUGUUGGAUCAGAACAGAGAUGUUUUUGGGGACAACAAGAAGACGUUCACAUACGACUGCGCGACGUUGCUGUAUUCGAUAAGUGAUUUGGGAAUGAAGCCAGGUGCUAAACGUGAAUUUGUUCUCAACAUUGAUAGGAAUGCUCUUGAGGAUCGUGCAAAAGCGUAUAUCCGCAACACAGAACGUAUUGUGGCAUAUUUGCUUCGAACCGAAACAGUGAACCUCAAAAACGCCGUUCAGUCAUAUCUUCAAGGUGAUCGCUCAGUUGUCCAAUUCCUGGAAUUGCUUUCCUCACAAAGAAUGUUUGAGAAGGGUCAACACUACUCGUUCGGAAAUCGAUUGUAUGAUCAAGAGAGUGCUGUGCAGCUGCAGGGCGUCCCACAGAUUUUGAAGAGUGGAAUGCAGAAGAAUGUUCGUUUCGUUGGCGAAACAUUGCAGAAUGCUAUGCCUAUUUUGCAGAUUGAUCCAAAGAAGUCUGCAUUUUUCCCUGGAGUGGAUUUGUUGAAUUUUGUUUGUGAUUUUCUUGGUGUGAACCAUCCUGAUGUUAUUAUGCAGAAUAUGGGCAGAUAUUUUGAUCAGAUGAAUAAACAAAUUAAAGGUCUCGUUCUUCAAACGACUCACUUACCGGAAAAUCAAGUGACAUUCGCCAAUUCUGGUUUAACCAACCGCCCGGCCAAUGAAAUUACGUUUCAACGCGAAGGACAGACAAUAAGCGUUGUUCAACACUUUCAACAGACGUAUCACUUGAAUUUGCGUUUUGGAAGACUUCCUUGUGUCAUUCAAAAAGCUGGUCCAAAAGAGUCUUUUUAUCCAAUGGAAUUGGUUAAAAUUGUACAAGGUCAACGAGUUCCAAUUGAUAAGCAAACGCCCAAGCUGACUGAGCAAAUGAUCAGACAAUGCCAAGUCCUUCCGGCAGCAAUGCAGGAGCAAAUAACGAUUCAACGCGACCAAGGAAUGCUUCAAAAUAUGAACUCUUAUUUCACGGCACACAAUGUUCGUAUUGAUCCGCAGUUGUGCAAAACUGAAGCUUCGAUGCUGUUCCCUCCUGCCAUUCAAUACAACCCAGAUCGUGUUGAACCUAGCCAGAAUGGAGCCCUUGAUUGGAAGUUGAUUGGAGGUGGCGCCCAGAAUCGUCGUUUCACAAACCCCGUUGAAUGGCCAAAGCUUUGGGCUGUUGUUAUUCUUCAAAAUUGUGUUCAGAUGGAUCAAUGCCAGCGCUUCUGUGAGCAGCUUGUUCAAACAGCUCAACGUCGAGGUAUUGGAAACGCAAUGUUACCACAACGUGUCGACCACUAUGCGGAGACGAGCAUUGAUUAUGUUAGUGAGAAAUUCCAAUUCUAUGCCACUCAUCGUUGUAUGUUUGUGUUGUUUUUUGCUGAUGGAAAAGAAAGGGCACAUGCUGGUGAUUUCCACCAUGUAAUGAAAUAUUGUGAACAGAAAUAUGACAUCCUCACUCAACAUGUCGGUCCAAAAAUGAUGUCUAAAGGUGUUGGAGGUGGUGGUGGUGGAGCAAUGAUUUUUGACAACAUUUUGAUGAAGACAAACUUGAAAAUGGGAGGUUCCAACUUUAACAUUGUUACGCCUGAUGUGUUUAAGAGAGCAAUAAGGAACAAUCAAGACGUUUUUAGUGAGAUUUGGAUGGGUGGACGGCGAAUGUUCUUUGGCAUUGGAAUGUCCCAUGCUCCGCCGCAAACUUUAUUUGAGCGUCAAACAGGAAAAGCCCCAGCAAUUCCUACAGUUGUCGGGAUGGCCUAUACUACUAGCCGUGAAAUGCUUAAACUUCGAGGAACUUAUUGGUUCCAGCAAGCUAGGACUACAAUCAUGAAGGAAGAGCAAAUGCGUCCUCUUGUAGAUGCAGUCAAAAAUGCGUUGUAUAUUUAUGAAACGGAAAAUGGUGAUCAAUUCCCUGAACAUUUGAUUGUUUUUCGAGGAGGCGCUUCUGAAGGAGAAUUUAAAAAGGUUUCUCGUUGGGAAGGCGGUGCAAUUGAAUUGGCAUGCAAAGAAAUUUCGCAUGAGCGAAAGGGAAAAUUCAACAUCCCUGCCAUCACUAUUGUUGUAUGCCAGCGCCAGUCCAACUAUCGAAUCGUUCCUGAACGCAUCAACAGCCGAGGGAGAGCACCUGAACAGAACUGCCAACCUGGAACUGUUGUGGACAAGGGAGUAAUGAAUGCUGCGUUGACAGAAUUUUUGUUGAUUCCUCACAAGGCUCUACAAGGAACUGCCCAGCCCUUGCGUUGUACUGUCGUGCACGAAUUUCGACCACCUCAGGGACCGUCCGCUAGAAUGCCACAAAUGAAGCUUGAGGAGAUCGAGUACAUCACUUAUGCUUUGGCUUAUUCCCAUGGUAUUUGUGCUAUGUCUACAGCCGUUCCCGGAGUUCUCUACUCUGCUGACGAGUUGGCAAAGAGAGGCAGAAACAAUUGGAAAAUGCACACCUCUGAUGGGUCCAAUGCCCAAGUUUUCGAACUUCCUCCGCCUGGACAAGGUCAAGAAGAGGCCAUUCAAGCUUUGGACAACCAACGAACUAGCUACUUUGCAGAAGUCACCGAUCAGCUCAACCCAAAAAUUCCAACGAAAUUUUGGGCUUAA